AUGAUCUGCAGACGGACCCUCGCGGGGUUCCUUUCGCUUCUUAGCGUUUUUUGCCUCGUGGUCUUAGCUUUGAAGAAGCAGAGAGCGCUGGCUAUCAGUCUUUCGAGUUCCGGUGGCAGGAUGCUUCGGAGUGGUUCUGCUGGGGAUCCUCGCGACGGUGAAGUGUUGUACAUGGUCUUCAACAGCUUGCUAGUUUUCCUCUCAGUGAUGGUCGCCGUAGUCGGCGCAUUUACGACCUUGACAACGUCCUCGUACGUUCGCCUUGUGCGAAGCUCGUGUUGGUAUGUCAUGAUGGUAGUGCAAUGUGGUCUAGGCCUCGGGGUGUCCACAGUGUGGUGCAUGCACUUCGUGGGCAUGCGGUCCUUCGUGCUUUGGAGAAGCAAUGUUGACGAGGAGCUGAACACACCCGUCGGCUUUGAACUGGGGCUGACAUUGCUAUCGGCUGGCGUUUGCUGGCUUUUUGCUGGCCUGGCUAUACACGUGUCAAUCGGCCAGACGGUCGUCUUUAAGAGUCACUACACUCGAACGCCCGCAGCUACGGUGUUGCUUUCUAUUGGUGUGGGAAGUAUGCACUACCUCGGGCUGUUGGCGGAGCAAGGCCAGUUUGUUUGCGUCUUUGAUGGGUGGCUUGUGCUGCUAAGCGUCUUGGUGUGUUUAGUGUGCUGUUCCACCAUCCUGGUGGUUAUCGCUAAUCUGCCCAACAAGACGCUCUGGCGAUGUGCUGGUUCGUGCCUGGUGGCGACACUUGCGAGUGUGGUACAUUACUUCGGCAUGCUGCCGGUUUCCCACACUGUUCGUCAUGAAUCGAUUAAAACGUUGCUUGGUGCAGAGCCACUGGACGUCACAGCAGAAGCCACGGUGAUCGUGGCCUUGUUCUGUGAUGUGUUGUUGAUGACUGGAAAUGCCUUCUAUUUGGAAGUCAUCAAGGACCGGGACAAAAAGGCCAUGGCAGAAGAGCUCGAGUACCAGCAGUAUGUAGGCGAUGCUGGAAAACUCAUCAAGGCCUCCAGAGUGAUGCAGUUCCCUUUGGCAUUGGUUCGAGCCCAGGAGUUCAAAAAGCUUGGCAGGUUGACACCGCAUGAACGGCUGCGGGACAAGAACUUAUUGAUCAUGCUGGAUACUCCCCGUGCGGCGGCAAAACUUCGCAGGAAAGGCUGCAUUGUUUUCUUCUCGCACCAAUGGCUUUCCUCACAGCUUCCAGAUCCGGAUGAGCAUCAGUACACUGCUAUGGUGAGGGCCAUUGAGGACAUGGUGCGGGUGCGAAGCUUAUCAAUCAGCAACAUCUUCAUCUGGGUUGAUUACUGUAGCAUUCCGCAGUGCUCUGCAGAGCAGCAACAGCUUGCCAUCAACUCUCUACCGGCGUACGUCGCAGCCUGUUCAGCCUUCAUCAUCGUAGCCCCUGAGGUGAUGCAUGCCGAGCAGAAGACCAUUUGUAAUUUUGCAUCCUAUUCGAAUCGCUUUUGGUGCCGUGUGGAAGUUUUUUGCGCCGUUCUUACGGCCAUGAGCCACCAUCGGACAGACACGAACGCAAGCUUUCUUGUCUCGCGGAGCAUGGCUCGCACGGUGAGCGUGGAUAUGGUGCCCACCGACUCAGACGAAGGUUUUAGACAGCGGGUGUACUUGACUAGUGGAGGUGUACUGCAGCCGCUACCUUUCAUGGAUGAAGAUGGCAUGCAGACCCAGUUCGUGGACUUGCUGGACGUAUAUUCUGGCGACCUGGGCUGCUGUGUGCGACAGCACCAAACCGCAACGGGAGAACACGUUUUGUGCGACAAGUCGCGUGUUGUGCAGGCGCUCACGGGUCUCUAUGGUAGUAUGCUGGUACAGUUGCUGAGGCUCCGCAUGCAGAAGCCGCGUGAAAGGCACUUGCUCAGGUUGCAGCGAUUGGGCGAGAAGUUGAUGAACGCUCGCCACGUAUACUUCCCGCCGCAGUAUUUCGGAAGUCGCAUCGAAGCCAUGCACGAGUAUCUUCAGAACGUCUCCAACUCCAGGCAGAGCUCAGAAGAUGAUUCCAGCUUGGGUUCCCCCACCUCGACACAAAAUUCCAUCGAUGUCGAGAAGCUCAUCGCAGAUCUGGAUGAGCACGGUGACGAUGGCUCAAGCGACAACUCCGCCGCAGAUGCGGACGAUGAGUGUGAACUCUCUAUCUCCGCCGCAGAUGCGGACGAUGAGUGUGAACACUCCGAGGACAGCCGCUUUGACCAGUCGUUCGACAAAGAAACCGGCUACCACACCAGAAGCAUGAUCGUGGUUCCGAUCGUGGACUUUGAGGGCCAGUGCACCGGAGUCAUCCAGGCUAUCAACAAGAUGCCUAGCGGCUUUGAUGCCGAGAUCCGGCCAAGAGGAAAGCUCGCCAUUCCUUUCUCCAGACAGGACGAGCGAAUGCUCCUGCACUUGGCCGAGCAUAUAGCAAUCGCCCUUCAGAACGCGGAAGUGUACCGCGAGGCCAUCAACUGCAGCGAUCGUGCCACGGGCUUGCUCAACACCAUCCAGAGCAUGUCACAGGACCUAGGCCCUCAGUCGCUGCUCCUGAUGGUCACGAUGCACGCGAGCAAAGUGUGCAGUGCGCAGAGGUGCAGCGUCUUCCUCCUUGACGAGGCAGCGCAGCAGCUCUGGUCCGUCUCCACGGACACCGGGGCAGAGAUCCGCAUACCCAAAGACAAGGGUAUUGCUGGAGAAUGCUGUUGCCAAGGAAAGGUCAUCAACAUCCCUGAUGCAUACGCAGAUCCACGCUUCAACAAGCAAGUUGACAUCCAGACAGGCUACCGGACCAGGAGUAUCCUGGCUGUCCCGAUCAUUGCAAGGGGUGAGUCUCACACCUCUCACGUCGUCGGCGUCAUUCAGAUGAUCAACAAGGUCGCUUAUGAUGGGCAACUGGAGUACUUCGACGAUGAAGAUGUGGAGAUCAUGGAGCUUUUUGCGUCCUUUGUGGGUCCCAAGACUUCCUUGAUGCUUUCGGGCACAGACAAGAAGGAAGUCUUAGAAGGGCGCUUGGCUCUCGGUUUAGAGAUUCCGACCUCCUCUGGAUCACAGCGGGGCAGAAAGGGCUCCAAGAAGUCGGGCCUGGAGGCCCUCGCGGAAAGCUGA